AUGGCGAAACCGCACCCCAAGGCGCGCGCGGACCGCGAUGGGACCGACCUCACCACCGCGCACGCCGCGAUAUCGACCGUGCGCGUGGCCCGCGGCGUCGACGAAAAGAUGGAGAAGCGGGAGACCACCGCGGCGCUGUUGUACGACCUGACGAUCUUCUCUAAAGUCGUCUUCAUCAUCACGCCGGUCAUCGUCGUCGCGUUCGCUCUCCCCCUCGGCUUCCUCCUCGCCGAGCUCGAGGGCUGGGACGACAUCGACGGGUUUUACUACCUCAUGUCCGUCCUCUGCGGGCUACCGAACGGUCUCACGGACGAGUCGCCGACUCGGACGAGGGCAAGGCGGUGGACAUCAUCAUCGUGCUCUGGGCGUGGUGCUUAG